AAUUCAAUUUUAUGCUACAAUCCAAGAAAGUCUUAUCGCAAAUCAACAUCUACAGAUUGAAAGAGUAUUCUUUUUUUAAACCAUCUCAGGUUAAAUGUCUGAAAAGUGCUUUAGUUGGAGAUACUGUGUGUGUGUUGCCGACUGGAUAUGGUAAAUCGUUGAUUUUUGAAGCUUUGCCUUUCUUCAGUAACGGAGUUGUAAUUGUAGUGUCGCCCCUGAAUUCGAUUCUGUAUGAACAGUUAGACCGAUAUGGAGACCUUGCCAUACAUUUUAAUGAACUUUUGUAUAAGAACAGUGGAGCUAAGAUUCCUUCAAACGUUAAAUAUGUGAUUGGACACCCAGAACAAUUUAUUAACAAAGAAGCUUUUCAACUUCUUAAGUGUGAAUUAAGAGAUAGAAUCACUCAUAUUGUGGUUGAUGAGGCACAUUGUGUUGUACAAUGGGGAAAUGGUUUCCGAGAACAGUUUUAUGAACUAAUCAAGCUCCGGUCAUUGUUUCCUAGUGCCAAAAUUUUGGCAUUGACUGCUACAGCAACCACAGAAAUGCAAGCAGAAAUAGUGAAAAGAUUAGGAAUGAAAGGAGUCGGAACUAUUGUUGGAAACAUGGAUAGACCUAAUAUUAAGUUGAUGGUUUCAACAAGACCAGCAGGGUGUGGUGGAAAAACAUGUGUUGAAGACUCUUAUGACUAUAUUUACAGUCCAUUGUGUGCUGAACUUGGCAAUAUGAAGGAGUUAUUUCCGAAGACAGUGGUGUACACAAAACUCAAGUGGUGUGGAUAUGGCCAGGAAUUAUUUAUCCGAUUGGAUCCUGACCUGAAGGACUAUGUAGCUCAGUACCAUAGCCCGUGUACUCCACAGAUGAAAUCCAAGGUACUGAACAGUAUGGCACAGAUGGACAGCAGUAUUCGUUUGUUGUUUGCAACAGAGGCCUACAGCAUGGGUACAGAUGCACCAGACAUUAGACGUGUUAUUCAUGCUGGGGUACCAUCAACAAUGGAAACAUACAUACAGGAAAUUGGAAGAGCAGGUCGUGAUGGAAACCCAGCAAUUGCCAAAUUGUUCUUUAACAAAAUGGACAUUUCUUCAGCUGCUAAGGGUAUGACUGAUGGCAUGAGAAACUAUUGCCAAAGUAAAGAAUGCCGAAGAGACUACAUUUGCACUCACUUCGGAUUCAACAAUUGUUUUGAUAAAGAGAAACAUGAUUGUUGUGACAUAUGUGAACUUAAAUGUACAUGUGAUAGUUGUUUUGCUCAACUUACAGAGAACAUAGAGGAACAUCCAGUAUGUGAAACCAAAAAAGUAACAGUUAAAAGGAAAACUGUCACAGAAAUAAAUCAGUUACUUUGUGAAUAUUUUGAAGCUGAAAACACUUCAGUGGAAAUGCCGUCAGCAAGUUUAUAUACAGGACUUGAUUCUUUGUUAGCUGCCAAAAUAGCAAAGAAUUACAAUAUUUAUGACAACACUGAUGUCAUUAAAUCAGAUUUUCCUUUCAUUGCUGAAGAAGUUUCACUUAACAUUUCUCUUAUUGUAAAAGCUAUUGUGGAAAAUGAAAAGAAAUAGCUAUAUUUUGCAGCAGUGUAUAUUGAACUCGUAAGAACUUCAGUAUUCAGUGAUAUUGUUGGCUUUUUUCAAAUCUACCUCUACCUUUUUUUAUGAUAGAUAAUAAAAUUAUGCCUUCCCAAAUCACAUACAUACUAACUUAGGAAUUCUGUUUUUAAAUUUUCAUUUUGGCUUUAUCAAAUAUGUGUAUUAAAUUAUAGCAGAACAUGAUAUGCAGAACAGGAUGCAACCCUCUGGCGCACCUUGAAAAGUCGUAAGGUUGUAAGUCCCUGGCGUAGAUGGAAUAUGCUCGUAAACUUGACCUGCUGCAAAUCAGAGUGUGGGGGAGAAUGGGGGAUUUUAUUUUAAAUUAUGCUGGUUGAUAAGUACAUUGAAGUAUGUAU